AUUUACGGUUCAUCAACGCGGUGCAGUGGACAGGAAAUAAGUUGCGACAAUUGCGUAGAUCUUUUUCAAUUUUAAUUUGUGAAAAUUAGUAAACAUGUCUUGGAAUGAUUGGUGUAAAACAAUUAAAGAUCAAGGAUUUGUUGCAGGUGGAGUAUAUGGACAGGAUGGUUCUGUUUGGGCGGAAUUUUGUGAUGAUGAAGAGUGCCAAUUCUCUGCAGAAGAGGUUCCAAAGAUCAUGAAAUGUAUUCAAAAAAAUAAUCCCAGUGAAGUGCCAGUAUGUGUAAAAGGGAAGAAACAAACAGUUUUAAAAGCUGAUCCAAGUGAUGGCAUAUUACUUGGAAAGAAAGGGGCAGAUUCAUGUGUAGUGGCAGUUAAAUGUAAUCAGAGUAUUAUUGUAGGGAUUGGUGGAAAGAAGUCAGAACCACGCAGCUUGUUAGAGCCAUUAUCAAAAGUGGGUGAAAGUUUAAAAGGGACUGGAUAUUGAUGUAUCAUCAACUUAGACCAAAACACUUACACAUUGCCUACGUCUAUGCAUAAUUACAGCUGUCUUUUAAUUUGCUGAUGAUUACUUCUUUUUGAUUGAAUGGAUCAUCUGACACAUUGUACACAAUUUUGCGGACAAAAAAUUAACAUGUUUAGUGCUAGCCUUAAAAUUGUCUCAACUAGUAUUUUAGUGCAUUUGCUUUUCAUUUAAUUAAUGUUCUGCAAGUGAUAUGGCUAUGUAUGAUUUGUAGACACCUUUCAGUUGCUUUUACUUUUGCUUAGAUGCCACCGCAGUAACAAUAAUAGAAACUUUGAUAAUAGCUAGGAUAGAUUCGGCUAUAACUGAUACUUGUGAUGGUGAUAUCUUUGAGCAAUAAAAUUGUAGGUUCAUGAAGACUUUUUAAAGCACACUAGAGUUUCCUUUCAUUCUGAAAUAUGUUUACAUUAUAAUUAAUUUUUUUGGUUGAUGUGUUUGGAUAAGAAAGAAAAUCAGGUUACUUAUUGUCAUUUAAAUAUCUUAGACCUCCCCAAAAAGUUUCGGCUUGUUUUUGUUGUCCAAGCUUGUUAUAACAAUAUUAAUAAAAAAUUGAAUCAUGAUGGCAGUGAUGGAACUUAUUUGCCAAUUUUGUUUUUACCUAUCAAGGUUUUACAUAAUUACUGCAUAUACUGCUGUUCUGAGAAUUUCUUUGCAGCACAAUGAAGAAAUUAAAUGAUAGGAAAAAGAAACAUUUAGGUUAAUUUUUUUAAUGCACCAUCAGUGUUGCAGCUUUAUUUUGGUAGCUGCAUGUAAUAUUUCUCAUAAACCACGGUGAAAAAAUGGUAUUGAGCUGCUAUUUUAGAAUUUGUAUAGAUACUGUUAGUGUAGAUAACUAUCAUAUUAUACUAUAUAUAAUUAAAAUAUACUGAGAAAUCGUGUAUUUCUGCGAGCAUGAAAUUUCGUGGUUUUGUGAAAAAUGGCUUUUUUUCUUGGAAUAUGAAUUUGUGAAUCUCAGUUUUAGAAUUUGGAAUAAUUGGAAUUUUUAUUUGUUCCUUGUGAUUGAACUUCACUGAACCAUGAAAUCCACGAAAAUUAGUUCUCCACGAAUAUUUCCAUGAUUUCACAGUACUAUCUAAAUCACAAAAUAAAUAAAGUUCUUUGUUUUUGUUUUUAUAGAUAAUUUUUAUAUACUACUAUAGUCAUAAAAUGCAGCAUUAGUAAUUUUAUUACAGUUGAAUGUUUUUCUUUAUGAUGCCUUCCUCACACCAUCAACACAUCUCAUUGAUGGUAAAUUGAAAGAAGUGUUUGUUCAAAUUGAUUUUUUAAGUUUCUCUUGUUGCAACUGUUUUUGUUUACCACUGUAGUUGAAAGAAAUGCACUUAGAAAUUCUAGAAUAUAUCUAUAAUAGAAUAUUGUUAAAAUGUUUGAUACGAGUGGGGGGAAAAAAACGUUGAAAUGUGUAACAUCAGUACUAACAGCCGAACAAAUGUACAAUUUUGUUUUCAGAAGUAAAGUACAAAGAAAAUAAAAAUUGUGAAAAAAAAUGUAGAAUACAAAUUCAUUGUAAUAUAUAUGAUGUAUAAGAUAUGAGCCACGCCAUGAGAAAACCAACAUAGUGGCUUUGCGACCAGCAUGGAUCCAGACCAGCCUGCGCAUCCGCGCAGUCUGGUCAGGAUCCAUGCUGUUCGCUUUCAAAGCCUAUUGCAAUCAAAGGAAGUGUUAGCGAACAGCAUGGAUCCUGACCAGACUUCGCAUCUGUGCAGUCUGGUCUGGAUCCAUGCUGGUCGCAAAGCCACUAUGUUGGUUUUCCCAUGGCGCAGCUCAAUUAUGUGUAUGUAUAAUUAACUUUGAUUAUUCUUCUGUUUUUAGCUCUGUUCAUUCUCAAUGAUUGUUUGCCCUCGGAAUGUUGGUGAGCAAAAACUUUCCUCUUAUGAAAAUAAUCGUUCUGAAACUUGCUUAGGUUAUCAGGUACUUUGGAAUUUAUAGUGUCUUUGACGAACAAAAGAAAGAUUUUUAUUCCAACUUUUUUUUUUUUUACCAUGUCAAGGGUGUAAAGAUAUUUGUGGAAAUGUCUUUAUACCAAAAAUCCUAAAAAUAUUCCUAUAUUAAAUUUCUAAGUGCUUGUGAAAAUAGGUGUUCAUACAUUUUUAUAUUAUUUAUCACUGUUUUCUUUUUUUUUAACUGUUAAGACUUGCGGAGAAGUCAUGUUUAGUUAUAAAGACAAAAUGCAUACAUUUUUGUUGAAAUGCCAAACUGUGUUACAUUUCGCUGCAAAGAGUUCUGCUUGGUGCUUUUUUUAUGUGUAAAAAUUGGGAACAAAACAUUGUGUUGUUUUUUUCUGAAGCUUUUCUUGCCAGGAUAUUCGUACUUCAAGGCAGGUUUGAAUUAUCAAGGGGUUCAAAAAUUGAACUGUAUAGCUGGUUUCAGUUUGUAGGCAAUACUUUGAAUAUUUGUACUAACCCCACCCACUUGCUUUGCAGGGCAAAUGGUGCUAAACAUAAUAUAGUAGGACCAAAUGAACUGAGCUCCAUUUCCAAUUUACCAUUUUAUAUGCUGUCAGGCCAGUGUGUUCAUGCUUAUUUUACUGCAAGUUUAUGUUAUUGUGUUAAUUUUUCAAAAAUCGAACACUGCCACGGAAGCUUGUCCAAAUGUUUUGAUAUGCUUAGAAAAACAAAAUUCCAUUUUUCAUUCCUUAAAAUCAUUCCGAUUUGCUCUCUCCAUAAUGAAUAUUUAAUAGUUAUAUUCUAAUAUUUAAAACUGGUCCUUAAAUAAACAAGACAGGCAAAUUUUUCAUGUAAAACAAACAUAUUAAUGCACCAAAAAUGGAGAGAAGUUUGAAAGAUAAAAAAAUCCUUACUUGCCAAAAAGAAUGUUCUUCAGUAAUUUGAAAUUUAUUUUGUAAGAACCUCUGUUAGACAUAAGAUGAUUUUUAUUGGUACUGGUUCAAUACAUUAUAGUUAUAAAUUCUACCUUUUUCAUGAAAAAUAUGGCUCUUGUUUUACUAGAAAUAUUUUACUUCCGGUUCUUUUUUAUACAAAUGCUUUAAUUUCGGGUAUAAGCAAACCAGGAAAGUACACAUUUAUUUUCAAUUUUAUUUUGUUUAACCCUCGCAAGUAUUUAAAUAAAUUAAACUUCCCUAUAGGCAGUGGGUAAAAAACACACACAAGGAAGUUGUUGUUUAUAAAUAUUUUUGAUUUGUAAGUAUUAAGUUUCAAGGUAUUUUUUUUAUUAAAAAAAAGUUCUAAUGUACACAUGUAGGGGUCCAAGAUCUGAUAAUGUUUGCCAAUAAUGCAUUGAUUUUCCUUCUGUUUUGUAAUCUCUUCAUUGUUAUAAUUUACCUUAUUUUUUUUUCCUCAUGUACCAGCAUAACUCAUUCCAUGUUAUAUUCAAUAAACAAUGUAGCCUUUAA